CUCCAGCACAAGACAACUACCCUCAUUUCGUAUCGUUGUCGCGUCGCGCGCCUCACAAGUGUUCAGUCGACGGACAGCGAUUACAAUGCCACGCAGAUGUGCUGUUCCUGGCUGUGGACAAACGACAUCUUUGAAUACGCUGCCGAAAGAUCCUGACGUCAGGGAAAAAUGGAUGCAGUUUAUUUUUUGCGGACGUCCCAGUCACGGCAGUGCUAAUUUAAGUGUUUGUUCUAUACAUUUUAAGGAUGACUGUUUUGAGAACAAAUACCAAUAUGAUUCUGGCUUUGCCAAAAAACUGUUGCUCAAAGACAAGGCCGUGCCUACUAUUCUGUGCUCAACAACGACGACGCAAACUAGACCGCCAUGUUCAGGCCCCAUAUCAAAAGAUGUUGGCUGUCAAACUGACCAACCCACUAAUACAUCUGUGGGCACACAGCUGUCGUUUCGAACCAUGAGACCCAAGUGUCGUAGCAAAGAAACACAAACAGAGCAGUUCUCAAUUCUUUCAAGUGGUGAUGUCGCCAUACCCUGGACUACUUCACAUCCUUUUACUUCAACACCUUUAAAAGAUGAAAAGCCUUACAAAAGGCGUCGCUUUGAAUUGGAGGAGGAAGAAAGUGUGUCUUUUGAAGAAGUCUGUGACACUCAGGACGUAACAUAUGACCCUGCUCAGUCUGUCACCAGUGUGACUGAACCAUCAAAGCAUUCCAUGUACACAUCCAAAGCCUCUCAUGAAGACACCAAAUAUAUUGUGUUUGAAAACUGUCUUUUUGAACUGUUUGAGACCUGUCCAGUAUGUUCAAGAGCCUGCAAUAUUCAGCCUCGUAGCAAUGGGACUUUUUUGGCCAUUGAUCAACGUUGCCCGCAUUGUGAGUACUUCAGACAGUGGAAGAGCCAACCCUGUGUUGGCAGUACCCCUGUUGGUAACCUCCAGCUGUCUGCUUCCCUGUACUUCUCUGGAGCUUCAUUCUUCCAGAUGAAAAAGGUAUUUGAGUCAAUGCAUUUGAAGAUGUUCACAUACAGAACCUUCAGAAGGCAUGCCAGCAUGUACCUGGAACCACUAAUAAUAUAUAAGUGGAAGAAGGAACAGGUGGAUUUAGUGAAGGAUCUCUGUGAGGCGGACAAGGUGAUAAUUGGUGGCGAUAUGAGAGCUGAUUCGCCAGGCCAUUCAGCAAAGUAUGGGAGCUACACCACAAUGGAUCUUCAAAAGAACCUCAUAAUAGACAUCCAGCUAGUGCAAAGUAAUGAGGUCGGUGGUAGCUACGACAUUGAGAAAGAAGGGUUAAAACGAAGCCUGGAAUGGCUGGAGGAAUGUGGUGUAAGGCUAGACUGCAUUGUGACAGACCGACAUCCCCAGAUUCAAAAGUUUCUGAAAGAACGAAAUGUCACACAGUACUACGAUGUCUGGCAUUUGGAGAAAGGGUUGUCAAAGAAGUUAGAGCAAAUUGCCAGAGACAAGGACUGUUCAAUAGUGAAAAAGUGGCAGCACAGCAUAAGAAACCAUCUCUACUGGACUGCAGUAUCCUCUACAUCAGGACCAGAGAAGGUAGCCAAGUGGAAGUCCCUCAUCAAUCACAUUCAGGAUGUUCACAUCCAUGAUGAUCCAUUAUACCCACAAUGUGAACAUUCACAUCGAGUGUCUAAGGGCAGCAGUAAACACUUCAAACCUGGUUCAAAACCACUUUACAGAGUCGAAAAGGUGCUGACUAACAACAGAGUCCUCAAAGAUGUAGCAAAGCUCAGCCCUCACUUCCAGACCUCAUCCUUGGAGGCCUUUCACAGUGUUAUUUUACGCUUUGCCCCCAAAAGUGUGGUAUUUCCUUUUAUUGGAAUGCUGUGCAGGUUGUAUUUGGCUGGCAUGCAUUUCAAUGAAAAUUCAAACCGUCCAAAGGCUACUACAUCAUCUGGAAAGCCAAUGUACAGACUUUUGUUCCCCAAGGCUAAAAAAGGAUUGUACACCAUAAAACCAGUGACAUCCAACCCAACGUACUGCUACGUCUACAAUCUGAUGACACUGCUUUUUGAAAAGGUUCUGCCAGAUCCUUUUCCCUACAUGGAGGAACUGCAUAAAAUUACAGUGCCUGACAGUCUAUGCACACAGUAUGACAGACCUUCAUUGGAGGAGGCCAUUGCUGAGCACGUAUCAAGGUUUAGUCAAGGGGCAGUUUGAAUCCGACAUAGCUGCCUUCCGCAUCUGGGAAUUUUUGCCGUAUAUACAGGACAACACAUGAUGGUAUUACAACCCUGAUCUUUCUGCCUAGAUAGACCCAGCACCAACUGACAAAGCUUCUGUAAGCCAAAUGCCUGUAGCGCCUGAUGGAAACAGAGAAAAGACAUUUCAAAUUAUACAUUCAAAAGGUGUUUUGUAAAGUGUUGUGUGUGUGUGUGUCAAAACGAUUGUUAUUU